AUGAACUCUGACAUCGUGGCUACUCUCUCCUUACUCAUCAACUCCAGGCCUGACGCCAUUGAGAAAAUGGUUGGCGCGAACACCGUGGUUAUCGAAGAGGUGGAGAAUGAAGAUGUGCGAGGAGAGGCCAUCCGCAUCUGCCAAGAAGUUAUGCCUGCAGAGAAGAACAAAGUUGGUGAUACCAUCGACGUUGUGCAUCGCCUCGGCAAGAAGCAACAGCAAAACGAUUCAAGACCAAGGGGUAUCAUCAUCCUCUUCACUGCCAGAUUCUACAGGGAUGCUGUCUGGAAAGCUGCUAGGAAGAACGUCUUCCUUCAGAGCCAUGUGAAGAAAGCCAAGCUGGAUGGACCCCAAGAGAAGUUCAACACGUACUUGACCCUGAAGGUGCAGAAUGUGAAGAGCACCACCAUCGCUGUCCGAGGCAGCCUGCCCAGUUGGGAGCAGGACUUCAUGUUUGAGAUCAACAGGCUGGACCUGGGGCUGACGGUGGAGGUGUGGAAUAAAGGGUUAAUAUGGGACACCAUGGUGGGAACUGUGUGGAUCCCCCUGCACAGCAUCCGCCAAUCAAACGUGGAGAGUCCGGGGGACUGGCUGACCCUGGACUCCCAGGCCAUCAUGGCGGACAACGAUAUCUGUGGAACCAAAGACCCCACCUUACACCAGGUGCUGCUGGACACACGCUUUGAACUGCCUCUGGAUAUCCCUGAGGAGGAGGCGCGCUAUUGGGCCAAAAAACUGGAGCAACUCAACGCCAUGAGAGAUCAGGAUUACUCAUACCAAGAAGACCAGGAGCGACCACUUCCUGUUCCAGGGACACAGUGCUGUAACUGGAGUCUGUGGGGAGACCAACAAAAUGAGGACCCAGACAGUGCUGUGGAUGACAGAGACAGUGACUAUCGCAGUGAGACCAGUAACGGCAUUCCUCCUCCUUACUACACGACGUCCCAGCCCAAUGCCUCCGUCCACCAGUACCCCAUCAGAGACCAGCAGAACCGCCCCUCCUCCUACCCCACCUCUAACAGCUGUGACCCCCUCGACUACCACCAGAGGGCCAUCAGUCCGACGGGAAGCUAUGCGUCGUCGGCAGAGUUGAGUCACUGCAGCAGCCAGCUGAGUGAGGAGGAGUACGAGCCGGAAUACAGAGAGAGAGACCCUUAUGAUGAGAAUGACUCCUACCACUCCUGCCACUCCUCUGUCAGCUACAGCAAAGGUUCUCCCGACUGGGACCCCGAUGAGACCCAGGGGGCGUACAGUGACGAGGGGGGCUACAGUAAGGACGGGGGCGAGGAGGGGGCCAUCUAUGAGGAGGAUGACAGGGGUCUGUAUGAGGAAGAGGUGGCGUAUGAAGGAGAGGAGGGGCACAUAUAUGACGAUGAGGAUUACCUUCUGGAUGGGACCCUCAGUGAGGAUAUAGAGGUCCCGUACACCCCUACCCCCACCAGCACGGCACCCCUCACACUGGACGUCCCAGGUGCUUCUAGACCCCCCCUGCAGAAACAGCCCUCUCUGCAUCAACAGCAGGCUCCACCCAGCCAACCGCCCAGCCAUGCCUCAAAUCAGGCCCACCCUCCGGGCAUGGCUCCAGGAGGACAGCCCUCGGGACAGCCACCCACCCAGGCCCCUCAAGCCCAGUCUCAUCCCCAGCCAGCUCCUGCCCCAGCCCAGUCCUUCUUCUCCAUGGCCAAACCCUUCUCAGCAGCAGUAACAGGCCUGGCCUCCUCUUUCCUGUCUUCUGGAGUCCCUACUGCCCAACCUGCUCAGGCUCACCUCCCAGCUUCACAACCCCAGCCCCAGUCUGCCUCCUCCAUCCCCCCAUCUCACCCCGCCACUGCCUCCCAUGGGCCCCAGUCCACAACCACUGGCCCCCCCUCUCAGCUGACCUCCUCCACUGCCUCUCCCUCUCAGGCCCAGCCCCUUGCCCCUACAACCACCCAAUCAGAGGGCCCUGAUGCCGAACCCCCCCUGCCGGAGGACCAACUCCUCCUAGAGGAAGACAAACCCCUUCCCCCCAAAAUUAGGACCCCCACCCCGACAGAGGAGGAGCACCCUAUGGAAGAUGAGGACCAACGGUAUGACGAGAGUCGCCCCCCCACCCCCGUAGAGGAGGAGGAGCCCCUCCCAGAGAGGGCUAGGGAGAACUGGCGACGAAUCAUCGACAAGGUCCAACAGCAGCUUCAAGAGGCACGAGGAGAGACAUCCAAUUCCUUGUGGUUUGGUAAAGGAGGGGUAGGAGAGGUUCUGUACAGCAUCGACAGCAUGCCUGACCUACGCAAGAAGAAAGGCCCCACCCUGGUCAGAGACCUCUCUAUGGCCUCUCAGAACGCUCGGAAGGCUGGGAUCACCACGGCGAUGGCCUGCAGCACCCUUGGCAAUGAGGACCUGAAGAGUCAUGUGUACAAGAAGACCCUACAGGCUCUGAUCUACCCCAUCUCCUGCACCACGCCCCAUAACUUUGAGGUGUGGACGGCCACCACACCCACCUACUGCUACGAGUGUGAGGGGCUGCUGUGGGGCAUCGCCCGCCAGGGCAUGAGGUGCUCCGAGUGCGGGGUCAAAUGUCACGACAAGUGCCAGGACCUUCUCAAUGCCGACUGCCUGCAGAGGGCAGCGGAGAAGAGUUCUAAGCAUGGGGCAGAGGACCGAACCCAGAACAUCAUCAUGGUUUUAAAGGACAGGAUGAAGAUCAGAGAGAGGAACAAACCGGAAAUCUUCGAGCUCAUCCAGGAAGUGUUUAGUGUCGUCAAGGCGACGCACGCCACGCAGAUGAAGCAGAUCAAACAGAGCGUGCUCGAUGGGACGUCCAAGUGGUCGGCCAUGAUCAGCAUGACUGUGCAGUGUGCACAGGGCCUUCAGGCCAAGGACAAGACCGGCUCCAGUGAUCCCUACGUCACAGUUCAGGUGGGCAAGACCAAGAAGAGGACCAAGACCAUCUAUGGUAACCUCAACCCUGUCUGGGAUGAGAACUUCCACUUCGAAUGCCACAACUCGUCGGACCGGAUCAAGGUACGCGUGUGGGAUGAAGACGAUGACAUCAAGUCCAGGGUAAAGCAGAAGUUCAAACGGGAGUCCGAUGACUUCCUGGGUCAGACCAUCAUCGAGGUCCGCACACUCAGCGGCGAGAUGGACGUAUGGUACAACCUGGACAAGAGAACAGACAAGUCGGCUGUGUCUGGAGCCAUCCGGAUGCACAUCAGUGUAGAGAUCAAAGGAGAGGAGACUGUGGCUCCCUACCAUGUCCAGUACACCUGUCUACACGAACACCUGUUCCAGUACACUACAGAGGAGCAGAACAGUGGUGUGGUGAAGAUACCUGAUGCCAAAGGAGACGACGCGUGGAAGGUGUACUUCGAGGAGACUCCUCAGGAGAUCGUGGAUGAGUUCGCCAUGCGUUACGGAGUGGAGUCCAUCUACCAGGCUAUGACCCAUUUUGCAUGCCUGUCGUCUAAGUACAUGUGCCCUGGUGUACCCGCGGUGAUGAGUACCCUUCUGGCCAACAUCAAUGCCUACUAUGCUCACACCACCCAGUCCACCAAUAACGUCUCGGCAUCAGACCGCUUCGCCGCAUCCAACUUUGGAAAGGACAGGUUUGUGAAACUUCUAGACCAGCUCCACAACUCCCUGAGGAUUGACCUUUCCAUGUACAGGAAUAACUUCCCGGCUAGUAGCCCUGAGAGGCUGCAGGACCUCAAGUCCACUGUAGACCUACUGACCAGCAUCACCUUCUUCAGAAUGAAGGUCCAGGAGCUGCAGAGCCCCCCCAGGGCCAGUCAGGUGGUGAAGGACUGUGUCAAAGCCUGUCUCAACUCCACCUACGAAUACAUCUUCAACAACUGCCACGAACUCUAUGGCAGAGAGUACCAGACAGACCCUGUGAGUGUGGCUGACGUUCCAGAAGAGCAGGGUCCCAGCAUCAAGAACUUGGAUUUCUGGUCCAAACUCAUCACCCUCAUCGUCUCCAUCAUAGAAGAGGACAAGAACUCCUACACACCCUGUCUCAACCAGUUUCCUCAGGAACUGAACGUGGGCAUCAUCAGUGCUGAGGUCAUGUGGAACAUGUUUGCUCAAGACAUGAGAUAUGCCAUGGAGGAGCAUGAGAAGAACCGGCUGUGUAAGAGUGCUGAUUACAUGAACCUGCACUUCAAGGUUAAGUGGCUCUACAACGAAUACUGUAAAGAGCUGCCCACCUUCCAGAAACGUGUACCUGAGUAUCCAGCGUGGUUUGAGCCGUUUGUCAUCCAGUGGUUGGACGAGAACGAGGAAGUGUCCAGAGACUUCCUGCACGGUGCCCUAGUGAGGGACACAAAGGACGGGUUCCAGGUAACGUCUGAGCAUGCUCUGUUCUCAUGCUCGGUGGUGGACGUGUUCUCCCAGCUCAACCAGAGCUUUGAGAUCAUACGCAAGCUAGAGUGUCCCGACCCCCAGAUCGUAGGCAGCUACAUGAAGAGAUUCGCCAAGACCAUCGGCAAUGUCCUGCUGUCCUAUGCUGAGAUCAUUUCCAAAGAGUUCCCCAAACAAUGCGGGAACAAGGAGAAAGAGAGAGUGCCUUGUAUCAUCAUCAAUAACAUCCAGCAGCUGAGAGUGCAGCUGGAGAAGAUGUUUGAGGCCAUGGGAGGCAAAAAUCUUAACGUGGGGGCCAGUGACUUCCUGAAGGACCUGCAAUUAAAGCUCAACAACGUCAUGGACGACCUUAGUAGGAUAUUUGCCGUCAGUUUCCAGCCCCAUAUUGAGGAGAACGUGAAGCAGAUGGGCGACAUCCUGGGCCAGGUGAAGGGACAGACUGUUACUGACAACAACAGCGUGGCCGGGGACGCAGACAACGUCCUGCAGCCCAUCAUGGACUUCCUCGACACCAACCUGUCGCUGUUUGCUAAGAUCUGCGAGAAGACCGUACUGAAGAGAGUGCUGAAGGAACUGUGGAAACUGGUUAUCAACACUAUGGAGAAAAGCAUUGUGCUCCCACCAUUCACAGACCAGUCAGUGAGUGUAACACACACUUUUUCCUACGUCUACAAACCUGCACAAAACUCUUCAGGCACUCAGUUGAUCCUGAAUGCAGCUAAGGAGUUGGGCCAGCUCUCCAAGCUCAAGGAGCACAUGGUGCGAGAGGAGGCCAAGGCUCUCACUCCUAAACAGUGUGCCGUCAUAGAGCUCGCAUUGGACACUAUUAAGCAAUACUUCCAUGCGGGCGGGGUGGGCCUGAAGAAGACGUUCCUGGAGAAGAGUCCUGACCUGAAGUCUCUGCACUACGCCCUGUCCCUCUACACACAACACACUGACAAGCUCAUCAGGAAGUUUGUCCUCUCCCAAAACGCUCAGGGGUCGGGAGUGGAGGAGCCAAUCGGAGAGGUGGUCAUGCAUGUGGAGAUCUUCACCCACCCCAACACUGGAGAACACAAGAUCACUGUGAGAGUGGUGGCUGCCAAUGACAUUAAGUGGCAGACCCAGGGGAUCUUCCGUCCCUUCGUGGAGGUCUACAUCAUCGGUCCCCACCUCAGUGACAAGAAGAGGAAGCACGCCACCAAGUCCAAGAACAACAGCUGGUCGCCCAAAUUUAAUGAGACCUUUCAGUAUUCCCUGGGCAGUGAGUUGGGUCCUGAGGGCUAUGAGCUGCAGCUGUGUGUGAAGGACUACUGCUUCGCCAGGGAGGACCGUACGGUGGGCAUGGCCCUGAUGCAGUUGAAGGACAUGGCCUCUAGGGGCAGCGUGACGUGCUGGCUCCCCCUGGGGAAGAGGGUCCACAUGGACGAGACGGGCCUGACAGUACUGAGGAUCCUAUCCCAACGCAACAACGAUGAGGUGGCCAAAGAGUUCGUCAAGCUGAAGUCAGACCAGCGCUCUGCCGAAGAGGGACAGGGGAGCUGAGAGAGAACAGGUCUAGAGAUACUGCUGCAGACACACACAGUCGCGCAACAGACACACAGGGGUACACAUGGAUUCAUACACCGUACACAAACGUGCACUGUACAUACACACAAACAAUACAGGAAAACACAUACGUGAACCCACACAACAUAUGCAUAUGUUAUACAAAACAUGGUCAUAAACACACUAAUAAUCUCUAUCACAAUGAUUAGCACGUGUACAAACACUGGCCAACGGUUCCUUCGGCCAUAGAUAGAUUUUGGACACCUAUCUAUCAAUUUCUGCUGCUCUCUUUCACUCUUGCAUAUUACAUCAAAUUUUUCUAGACAUUUAAUGCAGAAAUGUGAGAGUGAAAAAAAUAUCACCUGAGGAGUUAUGGAUGACUUUGCACUUUGACCUCUCUGCAUGUUCAGGAGAGCAGCCCUAACCCCAACUCUUACUCCUCUGUCUGUUUCUGUCAAUAUAAGUCUGUUGUUCUCUCUCGGGUUUUUUUUUUACUGUUGUGCUGUCUUCCUGCUGUGUGACGUGUUCUGGGUAGAAGAUGCCAUCAGGCACAGAUCUAGGAUCGGCUUACAAUCCCCUUGUCCUCAUUUUGCCUGUUAGGGAGGGGGAAAUUUAACUCUGAUCUUACAGCGUCUUCGGAAAGUAUUCAGAACCCUUA